AUGGCAACUUUAAAUCCAAAAACCCUAAAUUGGGAAUUGUUUAAAUUAAAACUAGAAAAUAUCAAACCCUACGAUGGAAAUAUAAGUACUUUAAAUAACUUCAUAAACAGAUGUGAAAAGUUAAUAGAGACGUAUUCGGUCUAUAAUGAUCAGGAUAUCAAUAAUCAUGUCUUGGAAUGUAUCCAAGAAAAAUUAAUUGACAAAGCUGAAAUGAUGAUAGGAAAUAGGAUCGACUUAAAUACAUGGGUUAAACUAAAAGAAGCUUUACUACAGUGUUUCGCAGACAGAAGCGACUUAGACUGUAUACUGCAGGAAGUAACAAGAACUCGACCAUUUAAAAAUGAGAGUCUAAUAGCAUUUGGAAAUAGAUUACAAUUACUAAAAAGUCAAACGAUUCAAAGAAUUAGUAACAAUCUAAAUUUAGUGGAAAUUGAUAAAAAAUGUCAAGUAAAUCAUUACGAAAAAACAGCUUUGAACACCUUUAUAGCAGAAUGUUCAGGCAUCAUACGCAAUAACAUGUAUUAA